GGCGCUGCGGAGCCCGGGGCGGGGCUCCCGCCUCCCUCGUCCGCGCGGUGCCGGCCGUGCCCGGUGGGCAGUAUGGCGGAGCGGGCCCUCCCCAACCCCUUCGCCGACUACAACAAGUCCCUGGCCGCCGCCUUCUUCGACGCGGCCGGCCGGCUUACUCCAGAGUUUUCACAGCGCCUGAACAAUAAGAUCCGGGAUCUUCUUCAACGGAUGGAAAGAGGUCUUAAGUCAGCUGACCCUCGGGAUUGCACUGCUUACACUGGCUGGGCAGGCAUCGCAGCACUCUAUCUGCACCUGUACAACGUGUACGGAGACGCUGGCCACCUGCACACGGCACAUGACUACAUUAAGAAGAGUCUGAGUUGCCUGACCAAGCGCUCCAUCACCUUUCUGUGCGGGGACGCGGGGCCCCUGGCCGUGGCGGCCGUCGUGUUCCACAAGCUGCAGAACGAAAAGCAGGCCGAAGACUGCAUCUCUCGCCUACUGCAGCUGAACAAGUUGGACCCCCGUGCAGCGGACGAACUGCUCUACGGCCAGGUGGGCUACAUCUACGCUCUGCUCUUCGUCAACCGGAGCUUCGGACAGGAGAGGGUCCCCCAGAGCCACAUCCAGCAGGUAUGUGACAUGGUCCUGGAAUCUGGGGAGAACCUGGCCAAAAAGAGGAACUUCACAGCCAAGACCCCCCUGAUGUAUGAGUGGUACCAGGAGUAUUACAUCGGGGCUGCCCACGGCCUGGCUGGAAUCUAUUACUACCUGAUGCAGCCUUGCCUCCGGGUGAGCCAGGCGAAGCUGCACAACGUGGUCAAACCCAGCGUGGACUUCGUCUGCCGGCUCAAAUUCCCUUCGGGCAAUUACCCACCGUGCGUCGGCGACACCAGGGAUCAGCUCGUCCACUGGUGCCAUGGGGCCCCUGGGGUGGUCUACAUGCUGGCCCAGGCCUACAAGGUGUUCAACGAGCCGCAGUAUCUCAGCAACGCACUGCAGUGCGCCGAGGUCAUCUGGAAGUUUGGUUUGCUGAAGAAAGGCUACGGGCUGUGCCACGGGACCGCGGGCAACGCUUACGCCUUCCUGGCGCUGUACAACCUGACCCAGGAUGUGAAGUUCCUCUAUAGGGCUUGCAAGUUUGCAGAAUGGUGCCUGGAUUAUGGGGAACAUGGCUGUCGGACUCCAGACACUCCAUUUUCUCUCUUUGAAGGAAUGGCCGGAACGAUCUACUUCCUUGCAGACUUGCUGGUACCAACCAAAGCCAAGUUUCCAGCUUUUGAGCUGUAAAAGGCCAAGCCCCCCUCCCCUCUCCUCCCCACCGCAGCUUGCCCCUGGGCCACCUGGGCUCUCUGUCAGCUGGCUAACCUGCUCUGAUGCCUUCUCACUAAACUCAGGGCAGACCCUGCAGUUGUAUAACUGACCUUUUCUACAAUCUAAUCCCCUCCUGAUUGUGUUUAUUUGCAUUGAAGAGAUUAACCUUUCGCUUCCCUUGUCUAAAGAGGGAAGGCAAACAGUUUGUUGGCUGAAAGGAGAAUGCAGGGAAUAUGUAUUUCAGGCUUUGAGGCCUGUAAUGGUUGACUAGAAGCUCAUCCAUCUGAUUUAAACUAUUUGAAACUGAAAGGGGGAUUAACUAGAGAGGAAUGCUAAUCAGGAUUGGUAUGGCUCUCUGCCUUUUCACCAGUAUUCGUUUCCCUCUGGUCAGGAGAACAGGCAGCUUUUCUGGCUGGUAGGCUGAUUAUAAAGCUUAAUGCAAGGGCCGGGAUUGCAAACCCUGGAGAUUGGAAUACAGGCAGCCAGGCAGUCAAAAUCUAGACCCCUGCACCGUUGGUCAAUGACAGACAAUGUAUUUUCCCAGUGAAUUUUUAUUAAAUUCCCCCCCAAUCAGACACCUGCACCGGCUGAAAUGAGAUGAUCAGUGAACACCCCUGCAAAAGAAGAGAAAAGUUGGAUGGGAUUUAUGGAGAUGGCUAUUCCUUUGGUAUUGUUUCCCUUCGAGAGCGUUGCUACUUUGGAAGUGUUUGGUAAAAGAUAUAUAUUUUGUCGACUGACCACUGGAAAGCUAAACGCUUCAGUUUCCAAAGAAGUCUUCCCUGAGCUUGGUCUUGGGUACCCGGCUCCCAGAGUGCUCUGCUUCCAUGCUCUGCUUCCGCUCCCUUGAGUGAGCAGUCUGGGCCAGCCAGGGUUCAGUUCCCGGGGUGUGAAGAGCAGCGAGUUCUCAACUUUGGGCCACAGGAAACAUAACCACCCUGGCCAGUUCUGCCCUGCCAAGCCCUAGUCUGGCAUACCUGCUCCCUGGGUGUUGCACUCUCCUCUCUCUCACCCACUCCAUGUUGUCCCACUGGCCAGGCCGGCCCUGACCUGCUCAUUGGUGUGCAUCUGCUUCAAGGCUUCUUUUGGGGAAAGUGUUCUUGUCCAGGGAUUUGAGGCCCAGAAGGGCAACUGGUGUGUGCCCAGUAGUUCCCAGAAGAAAGAUUUUUGUUUCCCUGGAAUCCUGGGAAUAGCCCUGUUAGCAUCAAAGGUAUGGGACUUUGAGAGCCUUACGACUGUGGCCUGGACUCUUUCUGCCUGUGGCUGAUUCCAAGGCCUGACUGGUUCCUACAGGCUCACAGUGGCUUCCCACUGCCUCCUGGGACUCCAAAGGGUGAGGAGCAGCCAAGUUGCUAGCUGGGGCUUUGUCGGGAAUAGUUUCAGGUGGAAUGUUGGGAAUUACAGUAAGUGCAUGUAAUGUACAAUAAAGCCAGCCUUAGACUCCCUGUUCUGGCUGAAAGAAUAAAGCUCAUUUGGUUUGGUUCAA